AGGAAUAGUUCUGAAGACUGCUGUAUUUUCCGCAAAUAACACUUGGUCGACUAGCAAAUUUUAAUAUGAACAAAAACGGAAUUUCAACUAAAUACAAUACAACGUUGAUGGUCGUUUCAAAGGAUUAUGACAUACAUUUCACUACGAUGUUACCACCCAUGGAAACAACAAAUUUUGGAAAGGAACUUUCACUUGAGGAACUGAACCAAAUUGAGGUCCAGAGACGCUUAGCUCCUAUGAUUUACCUAGGAAUCCUGACUCUGCUUGGUGUUCCAGGAAACCUUACCGUGUUGUUCGUCUAUUUGUUCAAAUUUGGCAGCAGUACCCAUAGAACCUUCAUUGUGGCUUUGGCGAUCAUAGACUUGGUGGGGUCCGCGGUUUGUAUGCCGUUUGAGAUUAUCGAAAUGAACUUUCAGUACACAUUCUAUGCAGUUGGAGCGUGCAAGUUUUUCAGAUUCAAUAAUACCGUCGUCGCUCUGACUUCCAUUUUCUUCAUAAUUGGAUUAUCAUUUGACAGAUACAGGAGAGUAUGCAAGCCGCUCAAAACUCAGAUGACAGUUCUGAAGGCAAAAUCUUUCUGUUUCGUUGCUGUAAUAAUAGCUAUUUUGUUUUCUUCGCCGGUUUUCUUUUUGAUAGGAACAAGGCGCGUUCAGCUUCCACACAAUGUGACGGGUUACGACUGUUCAACAGACGACAAAUAUAAAAACACAAUUUACCCUGUAGUUCUCAAUGGGGUACUUUUUCUCUUCUUUGUUUUUGCGAUCAUAUUUCUGAGUGUGAUUUACAUUCUAAUCGGUAAAAAGAUCUUCAAACACGUUAAAUUCCAUACCUCAGUCGCAUCUACCAACUCGUCUUCAAUUUCGUCAAAGAAAACCUCUUCUACCUCACUGCAAAGCAACGGACAAGAAGCCAUUGUUCUGGAAAAUAUCUCCAACAUGGCGUCACAGUCUGAGGACCUCGCAACCAAACACUCGAAUCAUACACAAAAACAAGGUCAAAUUAAAGAAGAGCCUAGAUCAAAGACCAGAAUCACCAGGAUUGCCUUUGCUAUUUGCCUGGCUUUCAUUUUAAGCUAUCUUCCACACUUAAUAAUCAGUAUAUGGACGGCCAUUAAGGGCGGGUUUAUCGCCAAACCAGGAUCAGUAGCUUCAGCAAUGCUACCUAUAGUGACGAGGUCCAUUUUCAUUAACAACGUAGUCAAUCCCUUUAUCUACGGCUUUCUAGACAGGCGCUUCAAGAGAAUAGUUCUAAAAAGUCUUUGUAAGAAAAGAAAAUGGAAUAUAGGGAGUUCUCUUUGAAAUGUUAUUUUGGGGUUGAGAAAUUUAUUCUGAUACAUGUAUUAUGUGUGAUUAUACUUCAGCAUUGAAUUGUAAAUUUUGAACAAGAGCAGUUGUCCUGGCAAAUUGAAUAAUGUACAUUAGCUUGGUAUGACAU